AUGACCCUCGGUCGUUGUCGUAGCAUUUGGCUCAUAGCUUGGGUCGGCUCAACCAUGGCGGCCAUUUUCGAUGCCAUCAGGUCCGCCAUGGGAGCCGACCAUGCGCGGCCCACGGGUUAUCAACCAUCAGAGCUCGCAAUACGAUCCUUAUCGAACGCUUCAGAGAAACAUGGGCUACCCAAAGCCAUGACCGCCGACAAUGGGCUUUGGCCCGGUGAAAGCUGUGUGAAUCCAUCACCAACGAACUCGGCCACCAAGAGGGUCCAGCCAGAGAUUUUAUUGGGUGGUCCCCCGGAGGCCUCCGCCCUCUCCUUGCGCAGCCGUCAGCCGAUGGGCUCCUACUGUUCAUCAGUGCCAGAGGACAGGCCCUUCGGCCGUCACGGGCCUCCAGUGCCCGUGCCUGCCCGAGCGGCCUCCAUUGCAUCCAGUCUGCCAGAAAGGAUCCCCUCUUUCAAGACGGAUAUGGACUCCUUCGUGGAAUCUGACGCAUUGACGCACGAGAAGCUGGCAGAUCACGAUGGACGAAGUCAUUUGGGCAUGCCAGCCAUGCCCUAUCCAAUGGCGCCAUGCCGCGAUGCAGAAGCACCAGCAGGCUUCAGCCUUGGCGUGACAAGCGCGCCCGGGGGACCCUCGCGGGGUUCACGGCCCUGUGACAAGUGGACUGAGGGAAGCAUCGUGGAGGUCUACUCAGCCUCCGCUGGCCGAUGGUAUGCAGCAGAGGUGGGACAGCUGGAGAGUCAAGGCAAUGGCAAGGAAGACAUCAUUACGGUGAUCUUCUACCUAGGGGAUGAGGUGAAGCAGAAAUCAGUGUACCGAAAUGACAAAGCCUUAGCCCCAUUGGGCAGUCACACCUUUUCGGAUCUUCCUCCAGCCUUCGAGACACGGCCUUCACAGUCCAAGCCUGGCCAGCUCGUGUAUUUCGACUUGACGACUUGCACCAAGUACGCCUCCUUGGAGUUAGCAUGGCAAGUGCAUUUCCAACGCCUCAAGCAGCAACCUGCUGGCUGCGAAACCAUGGCCGCCGUUCCUACCGCCAGGCCCUCUCGGAGCUCGCCGGUGCCCAUGACCAUCGCCGAGCUUGAGGAGUCGGAUGCCGCUCUCUCCGCCGCGGUGGAGCCUGGGAAGGUCGCCCUUCCCAACUUCGGCGACGACCUGGGAAGCCAGGGUGCCUAUUUGGAUUAUGUCGGAGCGCCGCAAGCAGCUGCUGCAGCCAUCGCACGCUUUGGAAAGGAGAACCCCAUGGCAGCAGGGUACCAGGUCAUCAAGGCGUCCGCGCCGCAGCGGCCCAUGAAGAUCCGCCUCUGA